AUGGUACUCUCCAGAAUCCUCAGAUUUCUCCCCAACAUCUUCGGAACCAUCUUCAUCAUAUUCGGCAUCAAUGCACUUCUUCGGCCCUCCCAUGCCCUCACGUUCUAUCAGCCCUUCUCCCUACCCAAAGCGGCUUCCGAUAAAGCCCUCGUCGAAGCUCUCAUGACCAUCUACGGAGCAAGAGAUGUCUUCAUGGGCCUCGCAAUGUACGCCGCCUCUUACUAUCGGAAUUAUAAAACAUUGGGAUGGAUCGUGAUUGCUGGGAGUGGUGUUGCUUUUGUGGAUGGGUGGGUUUGUUAUAAAGCUGGGGGAGGGCAGGCAGAUCAUUGGGGAUAUGCACCUGUGCACACCAUGGUUGGAAUCUUGCUGGCUUUGGGUUAUUGA